UCGAUUAUAACAUAAAGAGUACUGGUACUGUACCAGUUAUCGGCUAAGACCAGUUAUCGGCUAAACUGAGAGUUCGGGUUUAUAGCACGCGAAAAUCCAAUAUUUUUUAAUUCAGUCGUCUUUUUCGAAUAAAGAAAAGUAAGUAUUUGCUUGAAAACUUUUUUGAAUAUGUUUUAUACAUGAGCUUAAACGAUCAUCGUUUACCGCUGAUUUUACAUCUUUGCACUUUCAGCAGUGGGGGAAGUGACAUAAUAAGUUAAAAAUAGAAUAUUACCUCUGUGUGAUACGUUAUUAUAUCCCUUCUUUGAUUUGACAUAUAAAAUCAAUAUAUUUAACAUGUAUAAACAAAAGGAAUUCACGAAUUUCCGAGAGAUUCGUAGCGUAAUUGAACCCCUGAUUGCACAAUUAUGUAUUGAAUAGUAUACGAUUUGGUGUAUUACCGUAUGGUAAUACACGAAUUAUUUUAUGAGUUUUGUUUAUAAUGUAACAUGACCCCGAAUACGUUAGUAUGACCUCACAAGGGGCACAAUUCAAACUACAUUUAGCAGAGUAUAAAAUCAACAUGAACACGGAUUUUUACUAUGUUAUUAUCACGAAGCCGAUAACUGGUACAGUAAAUCGUAAAAACUCGGCAAAUUCGGGUCGUACUUAAAAGCACAAAACAAGAUGUUUUGGGUUCUAAAUAAUGAUAUAAACUAACAGAUUAAUAAAUAAGGAGUUCACUUUUUAAAGUAUGCCAAGUUUUAUCCAAAAAUAUCAAGAAAUAAGGAAUUACGAAAAGAAAACGUUAAAUUUUAGCCGAUAACUGGUACAGUACCAGUAUGCACGCCUUAACUCAAAAUGAUUAUUACAGUAGUAGUCAACAGAUUUACCUUUCUGCCUUAAGGUUAUUUUUCGUUAUAUAUAAAAGUUGCUGUUGAAUAAUUCGUUCUUCAUAUACCAGUGCACCGCAACGAGACGACAAGUGUGCUAGGGAUGCAGUAUUGUUUGAUUUUCUCCUUCAUUAGCAUUUUCAAUUUGUUUGUUUGGGGGAAAGAUGACUAUGGAGGCAGGUUGUACGGGCAAUACCGACUGUCGCAAGAAUGCCAUUUGCAAAACUGUCAUGUACAAUACUGAAUGUGAAUGUGAAAGUGGGUUUUACGACUUUCCUCCAUUCACUACUGCUGAAAACCAGGGAUGUCUGGGUGAGUGUAAUGAUGUGGGAGAGACUGAUCAGUGCAAAGGAAAUACACAGUGUGAGUUGACUACGCAAGGAUACGGAAAAUGCGUAUGUCCUGCGGAAACCUUCGGGCCUCCUGAAUGUCUCGAUGAUUGUGAAUCGAAUGUACAAUGCAGUUAUCGCGGUGACUGUCAGAAUGGCGAAUGUGUUUGUUUCCCGGGGUAUGAAGGAAAAUACUGUGAAGUGAUCGAAACUACAACAACUACAACAGAGAGACCAGGGAUAAAUUUGGCUCUGUUGUUGGGAGCCUCGGUACUUCCUUUACUGCUUCUUGUACCAGCCGGUCUCGUGAGCGCCUUAACAUCAGGCUGACACAGUGCACUGUUGUAUGAAGCCCAUUGAUAAUGGCAUGUCUUGAAAUAAAAAAAAA